CUUCUGUCACCCCGGGUAGGGGGUGGGGAUGGGAAUGAAUGACUGAGCUAUCAUCACGUGUUUGCUAGCCUCCUAAAGAAAACCGAUUGACCAAAGUGUGGGAUGAGGGGGGGAGCCUGAUACCGAGAAGCGAGCUGGAAGUAACUCUCAGCCAGGGAAGCCACUUGGCGUGCUGCAGAACACCCCCUCCUCCGCUGAGGCACCCCCACCUCCCACCCCCGGGUCCCGGUAUCUAUCACUGCAUCCUCGCGCGGUGCUGCCGCCAUGGCUUGGCCCUGCAUCAGCCGAGUGUGCUGCCUGGCGCGCUUCUGGAACCAGCUGGACAAGUCGGAUCUGGCCGUGCCGCUCACCAUCCACAAUUACUCCGACAUCGAAGAAGGGGCGGAAGCGGGCGGUGGGGGCGGCAGCCCUCAGCAGCCCCGGAUCCCGUCCGGAGGCACCGCCAGCAGCCGACCCCAAGCCCCUCCGCGGCCAGCCUCUGCCCUGCCGGUCUCCGCGUCCGCCCCCUCGUUGCGGGACAGCCUGGUCGUUGUCAAGAGGCCGUCGAAAAAAAGCGGGGGCAGGCACCGGAAGGAGCCCUUCGCCGCAGAGACUCAGUACCAGCAGGAUUUUCGAGCGUGGCCGCUGCAGAAGAGAGACACCCUGCCCUGGCUUGGGGAGUGUCGGAAAGCUGAACCCACGAGGGCACCUCCGGCCGCCGGAGCCCCUGCCGCCUCUCCCCACGAUGACAUCUUGGCAGGGUCUCGCGUGUACGUGCUGCCGGCGGCGAGGCAGGAGGUGAGCAAUAAGGAGGUUGGCUCCAGACAGGUGUGGCCUUCCUCCUCGCCUCCAGGUAUCGCCAGGACUUCUUACAGACAUGAAUGUCACCCAUGGUCUGCAGGAAAACGAUCCAGGCCUACAAAGACAACACAAGGGUUCAUUAUUCCAGAAGAUCACUUUGUGCAAGAAUCUAGCUACAAGUCAGGCUUUAAGAUUCCAGAAGCAAAGACAAAAUUUUCUUCAAAUCCUUCUGCUGUUUUCCAGGCGCCAUCUCGCAUUCUCAGUAUAUGAAUCUGGAUCAUGAUCAUUUUCUGUUCAACCAGCUUAAGGUUGUGAAAAUGAACAGCUAUGCAACUUUGUAAGUGCUGGUGAGAUAAAAGUAAAGGAUUAUUAAAAGCAGACAUAGUAAUUAUCAGAGUUCAUGAAUCUAAUAUGAAUAUGUAAAUCAUAAAUACUUGAAUUUGAAUUGAAGAUAGUCUAAUUUACAGGAAAGAAUGACCUAGAUUCACAGAUCCUCAUUACCAUUAGCUAGACUUGGUUCCCAUUUGAAACACUGACUUUAGCAAGGAAAAAGGCAAUAUUUUAAGCAGUAUGCUGAUUCUUAAGUAAAAAAACACAUUGUAUAAAAUGCAUUAUUAAUUUUCCAUCUCCAUUAAUUCAUGGUCAUUUUACCCUAAAACAAUUUGGGUAGAUUUUAAUUUUUGUUACUUCUUUUCACUCAUCUUUAAAUGAAUCUCACCCUUUUACAGACAUUUUAAUGCCAUGUUAUUGAGAAUCAUUACAUUACAGAGAAUCCAGAAAUGUGAGUUUUAUUUUAUUUUAAUUAUAAUUAUUUUGUAAAAGUAAUUAAAGCAUCAUAGGAAUGAAAGUACAGUUGGGCUGAGUAGCUUUAAUCACUUAUAUCAUGUCCUUCAGCCACCUCUCAAAUUAUUUAAACACAAACAGCUACAGGGAUCAACUCUUCUUUUUUAUUUUUUCAUUUAAUUUCAUUAUUUUAUUUCAUUUUUAAAUUUUUUACACAGCCCAACUCCUGAAAACUCUGGGCAGUUCAUAGGUUAAAAACAUGAAGAACAAUGAAAUAAUACAUGAUAAAAACAAAGAACAAAAGAUAGAACAACAAAGUAAACCCACAUGACCCAGAAUAGGACUUCAAUAACAAAGCCAGUUUUUCAGGGAUCUCCAAAGCAGCAGGGUGGAGGCCAUCCAGAUCUCUGGGGAGAGGAAUCUCAUUCCAGAAGGCAGGUGGUACAGCAAAGAAGGUGCACCUCUAGAGUCCCAAUAAAUGGCAUUGUUUACUCAAAGGAACUAGGCCACCCCAACCCUGUUGGAUCAAAUUCGGCUGAGCAGAUACUAAGGGAGAUAGGCACAAACCGUGCAUAUAGUAUUCAUUCUGAGUUACUUAAUGUGGUUUCCAUCUUCCCUUCCUUGUUACAUAGCAUGUAACUAUUGGAAUUUAGCUCAAAGGUCAUCUAGUCCUAGACCAUUUCUGAUAAAUGGUGACCCAGCCACUGUUUAUAGAUUUGAAGCAAAGGUGAACCCACCACUUUAUGCAUCAGCUAAUUCCACUAUCUGAUAGAUCACCCAGAUCUGCAUCUUUAAAAUAUAUGAAGACUAUGUUCCUGUCUCUUCUCAGUUGCCUCUUUUGUAAGCUAAACAUAUCUAGAUCCUUUCACUGUACUUCAGUGUUCACUCAGCACUCACUAUUUAGGGCUUGAUUUCCAGAACCUGAACCAUCUUUGUAACCUUCUUCUGAUCUCACUCCAAUUUGUCCUUCUCCUUUGUGCUGCCCAGAACUGGAUGCAGUGCUCCAGGUGGGUUCUGACCAGGGAAGAGUAAAGGAAGCAACAAUUGCUUCCAAUCAAAUGUUGGCUGACGUUUUUGUGGUUCUGGAAGAAAAGGAAAAACUAGAGGCUUGAUACUAUUAGAACAAUUAUAUACUUUCUUCAGAAACUUUUAACAUCAUAUUUUGCUUCAAGAGAUUGUUUGUCAAUAUUGUUUUUUUUUCUUUUGGUGAAGGUGUUCCCUUUACUUAUGGCUUUCUUAUAUCUUUGGUUCAUUUUUUUCCUAGGCUGUUUUCCCGAGUCCUGUUGUUGGUCAUGUGAGCCAAGGUGCAAGCUCCUUUAUGGCUGUAUGACCAAUGUAUAGCCCGUCUGUAACACCCACAUCAAUACAUUCCCAAAUGAAAGUCUAGUCUUUACUGUGAAGUUUAAAAAGUGGGUAUGAUUAAGAAGUAUUACAAACCAUCCUGUUUCUUUUCUAAGUCAGAGAGACCCCUAAAUCAUGCUCUGAAAUGAAAACUGGAUUUUUAAAAGUGAGAUUGCUUUAUUUACUUAUGCUCUGCCCAUUAUACAAAGCAGGUUGUUUAUAUCAAUGUAUGCCAAAUAAGAAACACAGCUCAAAAUGCAACACACAGCCAGAGGAUCACAGCCUCAUCAAUAUUCCAUGAUUUAUGUACCUAGAAUUAACUGAUCUUUAGCAAGCACACUUUUUCCUGGAAGUUUUUUUCAGUCUUGAUAAUGUUUUCCUGAAGGCUUAAUUUCACUGAGAAUUCAGUUAUUAAAUUCUGGAAAGAAAACUCCUUUAAGACAGAACAGAGGCAAUUCACAUUUUCUUGGGGGCUAAUAGCCCUUACUAGUUUGGAUUAAGCAUUGAAUAUUGCACUAGGCCACACAUUAAAGCAAUGGCCAAGAUAAUUUAUUUAAUGUGUAUGUAAAUGUUGUAAAUAGGAAAAAUUUUCCAAAAGAAAAAAGAGUGCAUGCUUAAUAUGAUUUUAUUUAACAUUCAUAGUUUUUGAGUAUGCAAACUAGAACAUGAUUUGCCUUGAAAAAGCAAAAUUGCUGCUUGUUGCUAAGGAAUUAUGUGUUAUAUAUGUUAUAGUGUGAUUUUUAGAGACAAUUUUACUUUUCAUUAUUUUGGAAGAGCAUUUUUGUACAGUAUUGUAAUUUUUGCUUAGACAUUUUAAAUACACUAGUUUUUAAUUCUCAUUCAUUCCUAAUAUUGCAUAUAUUUAAGACAGGGUUUGACAUAAUUAUCACCCCACCUUAAUGCAUUGUUUCAUUUACUUUUGCAGAAGUUACAAUCAUAGUUUGUUGCUGAUUCCAGUAUACUUUUGUAAGCUUUUGAUGGGCACAUCAAAAUGGGAAAUUUCUGAUUCAGGUUGGCCUUCUCAUCUAGCCCAUUUCUGGGUAUACAGUACCCAAGACCCUUGCGAAUUUUAUACUGAAAAAUUCAUAUUUAACAUUCCCUAGUUUAAAAUGUGGCAAAUAACAUGCAGCCAAUUUUUCAUAUAUAAAGAGAAGUGCAAGUACUGUAUAAUUCAGAGAAAAUUGGCUGCAAGCAAGUUGUUUUUUCACGAAAAUUUCCUUAAUUGUAAUCAUUCAGCUAAGAUCUAAAAAGUUAUUUACAUUAUCAGAAAGAGUAUGUGCCUGUUGUGGGUUUUUGUUUUUUAAAUAAGAGGCUCUCUUGCCUUCCACUAGUGCCAUAUCAUAAACUGCUUUUGACAAUAUUUUAUGUAGCAAUCGUUUUCCUUAACAGUAAAGGGCCUGCUGCUUGAGAAUUGUAGUUUCAAAAUCUCCUUGAGCAUGUCCCGUCCCCCCCUUUUGGAACAAUCACAAUAAUAAGAUACUUGUCUAUAAGGUAAAUGACAACAUUGUUCCUUCAAUAGUCAUGAGGCCAGUUUGCCAGAUGAAUCCAACACACUGAAUGGAUUAGGAGGAAUGGGAAGGUACAAUUUGUAGAAACAUGUUCCAAAUUGCAAUCCUUGCAUGUUUAAUGUUUCUAGGUGAAAUUAAUAUUAAUUUUCCUUGACUGAUCUAAUUUCUUUGAACAUUAACUGGUUUAAUUAUUUGUAAGCCUGACUUUUACUAAAUGGAGAAAAGAAAAUCACGCUGCCUAUUUGGUUACAGUUAUUUUAUUUCUUAAAAAAAAAAACAUGGCAGAACAUGAUAUUUGUAUUUUAUGGAAUUAGAUAAUUUAUUAAAAUGUAUUUUUGUCUACACA